GCUGGUCGUGCGGCGCGGCGCGCGGCGAGAGCUGGCGGUCACCAUGGCAAUGCGGGAGCUGGUGGAGGCCGAAUGCGGGGGUGCCAACCCGCUCAUGAAGCUGGCGGGGCACUUCACCCAAGAUAAGGCCCUUCGACAGGAGGGGUUGAGGCCAGCUCCCUGGCCUCCAGGAACCACAGCUUCGGAGGCGGUCUCUAAGCCACUGGGAGUCGCCUCUGAAGAUGAGUUGGUGGCCGAAUUCCUCCACGACCAGAAUGCACCACUUGUGUCCCGUGCCCCGCAGACCUUCAAGAUGGAUGAUCUCUUGGCAGAGAUGCAGGAGAUUGAACAGUCAAACUUCCGCCAGGCACCUCAGAGAGCCCCUGGUGUGGCAGACUUGGCCUUGUCUGAGAACUGGGCCCAGGAGUUUCUGGCAGCUGGCGAUGCUGUGGAUGUAACUCAGGAUUAUAAUGAGACAGACUGGUCCCAGGAAUUCAUCUCUGAAGUUACAGAUCCUUUGUCUGUGUCCCCUGCCCGCUGGGCUGAGGAGUAUCUAGAACAGUCAGAGGAGAAACUGUGGCUGGGAGAGCCGGAGGGAACAACCACUGCUGACCGCUGGCAUGACGAGUAUCAUCCUGAGGAGGACCUGCAGCACACGGCCAGCGACUUUGUGGCCAAGGUGGAUGAUCCCAAAUUAGCUAACUCCGAGUUCCUGAAAUUCGUGCGGCAGAUUGGCGAGGGGCAGGUGUCCCUGGAUUCCGGUGCAGGGUCUGGCCGAGCUCAGGCAGAACAGUGGGCAGCAGAGUUUAUACAGCAGCAGGGUACAUCUGAAGCCUGGGUUGACCAGUUCACAAGACCAGUAAACACAUCUGCUCUUGAUAUGGAGUUUGAACGGGCCAAGUCAGCUAUAGAGUCUGAUGUCGAUUUCUGGGACAAGUUGCAGGCAGAGUUGGAGGAGAUGGCCAAACGGGAUGCCGAGGCUCACCCCUGGCUUUCUGAGUAUGAUGACAUCACAUCUGCUUCCUAUGAUAAGGGGUACCAGUUUGAGGAGGAGAACCCACUGCGUGACCACCCCCAGCCUUUUGAGGAAGGGCUGCGGCGACUUCAGGAGGGCGACUUGCCGAACGCUGUGCUGCUGUUCGAGGCGGCUGUGCAGCAGGAUCCCAAGCACAUGGAAGCUUGGCAGUAUCUGGGUACCACGCAGGCAGAGAAUGAACAGGAACUCUUAGCCAUCAGUGCGCUGCGGAAGUGUCUGGAGCUAAAGCCAGAUAACCUGACGGCGCUGAUGGCGCUGGCUGUGAGCUUCACCAAUGAGUCCCUGCAGCGACAGGCCUGUGAGACCCUGCGGGACUGGCUGCGCUACACACCUGCCUAUGGCCACCUGGUGGCGCCUGGUGAAGAAGGGGCCGGUGGGGCAGGGCUGGGCCCCAGCAAGCGCAUCCUGGGGUCUCUGUUGUCGGACUCCCUGUUUCUUGAAGUGAAAGAACUCUUCCUGGCAGCUGUGCGCCUGGACCCCACCUCCAUCGACCCGGACGUGCAGUGUGGUUUGGGAGUUCUUUUCAACCUGAGCGGGGAGUACGACAAGGCGGUAGACUGCUUCACGGCUGCCCUCAGCGUCCGUCCCAACGAUUACCUGCUGUGGAAUAAGCUGGGUGCCACCUUGGCCAAUGGAAACCAGAGUGAAGAAGCGGUAGCUGCGUACCGCCGGGCCCUCGAGCUGCAGCCUGGCUACAUACGGUCCCGCUACAACCUGGGCAUCAGCUGCAUCAACCUGGGGGCUCACCGGGAGGCUGUGGAACACUUUUUGGAAGCCCUGAACAUGCAGAGGAAAAGCCGGGGCCCUCGGGGUGAAGGGGGCGCUAUGUCAGAGAACAUCUGGAGCACCCUGCGUUUGGCAUUGUCUAUGUUAGGCCAGAGCGAUGCCUAUGGGGCAGCUGAUUCCCGAGAUCUGUCCACCCUCCUGUCUAUGUUUGGCCUGCCCCAGUGACAGUGGGAUGGGCUGCCCUGUGAGUGUCUGCCUGGAGGGGUCCCCGCUCUGGAUGUGACUCCCUCUCCCCAAAUGGGCCUACCACGGGGGCGGGCUGAUGGCCACAAGCGGUACGGCCUCUCAGGAGCGGCCCAGACGUAGGGGUGGGUAGUCUCUUCUAGUUCCUGCAUAAUUGUGGGAAAACGCGCUGUGGUGUCUUGAGUCCCUUGGUAAUUCAAGGGCUGUACAUCCAGCUACAGAUCUCACUGCUCACCGUGCCCUUUCUUGGUGCUGCUUUUUGGGUAGGACCCAAAGCUAUAGGGUGACUGUCGUCAUCAGCUGCCAUUUCUGAGAGGGUCCAUCACAUUUGUAAUGUCUCAUCUUCCCCAUGGAUACUGGGAGUUGAUAACUGCAGUGUCCUGGCCAGCUGUGUCGGAGGUUCCUCUGCCAUGCACUUCUGAUGACUGUGUCUGGGACGGGAUGUGUUAGGAGUUGGCCUGGUUGAUGUAAGCGUGGACUUGGCUCAGCAGACCUGAACUUUGAAGGGGCGGGAGGAGGUUUCAUAGCUGUGUCAUUCUCGAACCUCACCUGAUGGAUGCUCAGUUCCUGAGUACGGUGCUGGGUACACUAGUGCUGCCGGCAUCUUGGGGGCCUCACAAGCUGCCGGGUCAGUUCUACAGUGUUGGGGUGUGGGCAGGAGGAAGCCUGCCUUGUGGAAUGAGCCUUCAAGGGACCAGAUGGGCUCAGAUCUGGGCUUUGGUAGGAGGCUGGUGCUAGUGGGAUGAAGGAGUAGGGAGUGCUGCCAUCCCUCUUAGACCUGUGAGCAGGACUUAGUUGACUGUCUGGAAAAGUAGUCCAGGAACUGCAGACUCCUGGGGGUGGGGGCGGGAGGUGUUCAGUGUUACCAUAAACCUUUGCAGUACUUCUUGAAAUGUUUCUAGGGGAAAGCAUUGAAAAAUCCUCUUCCCUCAUAAACGCACACAAGGUGAAGAUUGAGGGAAGAUGAAGAAAUGACUGCUGAGCCUCCCGCCUUGUCUUCAGCCCUAGUGAUCAGAGAGAUGCUUUUUUAACCACCAUGGUCCCAGGGUUCCAUCCUGAAAUUUAUUUUUCUUUGUAUGAAUAUGUGUAAAUGAUUUAAAAAUAAAACUGUAAAAUAUUUGUAUGAAGAAUAAAUG